UGUAGCAUCGUCCUCGCAAUCGGUCGCAGGCAGUUGAAGAAUAAAUCACAACAACAGAGCAUGGAAACACGACUUGUGGCUUUUCUUAUUUUCUUUACAGGAAGUGUAAACAGCAAUACUAUCACUUGUACACCACCCGACUCAAAUAUGUCGUCUGAUGAGAACCGCGAAUGUGAAGAAGACAAAUACACCAAUUUCAGUUAUCCACUGACAUGGACAACAAUUGAGCAUUCGGAGGACUUUCGUAUUGAAAUAAAGAUUUGUGACAAUGGGACACUGCUCAUAGCUUGCAGGUGCCGAUGGACCUCCAGUUAUAAACCAACCUGCAAACGACUAGUCAAUGAUUCCGUCUGCUAUGCUGAUAAUUCUCAAAUGGAUUUAUCAUUACUUGUUAGAAGAACAUAUAAUGAGAUCAGGUGGCUACUUUUUAAACACAACUCAACCCCAGUAGUAAUGAAGCACACGGCGUUACAAGUCACUUACCCAGCCAGAGUGACAGGACUGAGUGUCAAUGACCAAGAUGUUAACGGUACACACAUUGUUGACGAGAACCAGGAGGUCUCUGUCUCCUGCUCAUUUGUCAAUGGAAAUCCUCCAGUCAAUAUUCGCAUGGUGGACGAGCGAGGAAACAUUUUGUGUUCUACAAAAUACAAAGAAGGACCUCUUGUCCUUUCUCUUGGUGUGUUUCACUGUCACAACGUGUGGCCGGUCAUUGGAUGUGAGGCGCAGGGUUCGGAACUCAAUAAAUCUGUGGCCAUACUUAUUAGAUGCGCCCCUCAGCUUUCCUACAUCACUAAUCAAGUCUCGGAUUUAAGAAGGAUUUUAGAUGGAGGUCUGACAUUUGCCAUGAAAUCCCACAAAAGCGAUGUGAGGAAAUGUCUGAUGGCCCAAGUGCAGCCAGAAACUAUGACCAAGGAAGUGAACUGUGAAGUAAGUGGACAUGCUCCAAAGUUCACGCUGACACUGAGUUUUGUCGAUAAAUCCUGGAUUGGAGAGGGGACUUGGACAGUGCAGGUCAUGAGCGAGAUGGGUCCCUCAAGCAUCACUUUCCAAUUAUUUAACAGCAAAGAUGUGCCUUCAAAGACUGUCACUAUGACAGCGUGA